CAGAUUGUCUGUCUUUGCAGCAGCUGUAGGCAGAGGAGGCCAUUUUCCGUUUCUAGGAAGAGUGAGGGCGAGAGGAGAGAGAAAAGAAGGGGAAAAAAGGGCUCAGCGCCUCCCCGCCGGGCCGUGGACAAGAGGGACAGUUUCGGCAGGCGGGUGAGGUCGCUGACGGCCUGGAGAAGAUGUUUUCCCUGUCGAGCACCGUUCAGCCCCAGGUUACAGUUCCUCUGAGUCAUCUCAUCAAUGCCUUCCAUUCACCGAAAAACACAUCUAUUUCUGUCAGUGCAUCAAUUUCUCAAAACCAGCAUCGAGAUGUAGUGUCUGAGCAUGAGGCUCCCAGCAAUGAGCCUAUACUUAACUUAAGGGACCUUGGAUUAUCUGAAUUAAAAAUUGGACAAAUUGAUCAACUGGUAGACAGUCUACUUCCUGGAAUUUGUAAGGACAAGAACGUUUCUUCCCAUUGGCAUACAUCUCAUGUAUCUGCACAGUCCUUCUUUGAAAAUAAAUAUGGUUGCUUAGAUAUAUUUAGUACUUUACGUUCCUCUUGCUUGUACAGACAACAUUCAAGAACUCUUAAAAGAAUUUGUUCAGAUCUUCAGUACUGGCCAGUUUUCGUACAGUCUCGGGGUUUUAAAACUUUAAAAUCAAGGACACGACGUCUACAGUCCACUUCUGAAAGAUUAGCAGAAACACAACAUACAGCACCAUCAUUCGUGAAGGGGUUUCUUUUGCGGGACAGAGGAUCAGACAUUGAGAGUUUGGACAAACUCAUGAAAACCAAAAACAUACCUGAAGCUCACCAAGAUGCAUUUAAAACUGGUUUUGCAGAGGGUUUUCUGAAAGCUCAAGCACUGACACAAAAAACCAAUGAUUCUCUAAGAAGAACUCGCCUGAUUGUCUUUAUUCUGCUGGUAGUUGGCAUUUAUGGACUCUUAAAAAACCCAUUUUUAUCUGUCCGCUUCCGGACAACAACGGGGCUUGAUUCUGCCGUAGAUCCUGUGCAGAUGAAAAAUGUUACCUUUGAACAUGUUAAAGGAGUGGAGGAAGCUAAACAAGAAUUACAAGAAGUUGUUGAAUUCUUGAAAAAUCCACAAAAAUUUACUGUUCUUGGAGGUAAACUUCCGAAAGGAAUUCUUUUAGUUGGACCACCAGGGACAGGAAAGACACUUCUUGCCCGAGCUGUGGCCGGAGAAGCUGAUGUUCCUUUUUACUAUGCUUCUGGAUCAGAAUUUGAUGAGAUGUUUGUGGGUGUGGGAGCCAGCCGUAUAAGAAAUCUUUUUAGGGAAGCAAAAGCAAAUGCCCCGUGUGUUAUAUUUAUUGAUGAAUUAGAUUCUGUUGGUGGGAAGCGAAUUGAAUCUCCAAUGCAUCCAUAUUCACGGCAGACCAUAAAUCAACUUCUUGCUGAAAUGGAUGGUUUUAAACCCAACGAAGGAGUUAUCAUCAUAGGAGCCACAAACUUCCCAGAGGCAUUAGAUAACGCCUUAAUACGUCCUGGUCGUUUUGACAUGCAGGUUACAGUUCCAAGGCCAGAUGUAAAAGGUCGAACAGAAAUCUUGAAGUGGUAUCUCAAUAAAAUAAAGUUUGAUCAGUCUGUUGAUCCAGAAAUCAUAGCUCGAGGUACUGUUGGAUUUUCUGGAGCAGAGUUGGAGAAUCUUGUGAACCAAGCUGCUUUAAAGGCAGCUGUUGAUGGAAAAGAAAUGGUUACCAUGAAGGAACUAGAGUUUUCCAAAGAUAAAAUCCUAAUGGGUCCUGAGCGUAGAAGUGUGGAAAUUGAUAACAAAAACAAAACGAUCACAGCGUAUCAUGAAUCUGGUCAUGCUAUUAUUGCAUAUUACACUAAAGAUGCAAUGCCUAUCAACAAAGCUACAAUCAUGCCACGAGGGCCAACACUUGGACAUGUGUCCCUGUUGCCUGAGAAUGAUCGAUGGAACGAAACUAGAGCUCAGCUUCUUGCUCAGAUGGACGUCAGUAUGGGAGGAAGAGUGGCAGAGGAACUUAUAUUUGGAACUGAUUAUAUUACAACAGGUGCUUCCAGUGAUUUUGAUAAUGCAACCAAAAUAGCAAAGCGGAUGGUCACCAAAUUUGGAAUGAGUGAAAAGCUUGGAGUUAUGACCUACAGUGAUACAGGGAAACUGAGUCCAGAAACUCAAUCUGCUAUUGAACAGGAAAUCAGAAUCCUUCUGAGGGAUUCGUAUGAGCGAGCAAAACAUAUCUUGAAGACUCAUGCAAAAGAGCACAAGAAUCUAGCAGAAGCUUUAUUGACCUAUGAGACUUUGGAUGCCAAAGAGAUUCAGAUUGUUCUUGAGGGGAAGAAAUUGGAUGUGAGAUGAUAGCUCUUGAUGCAUUGUUGGUUUUAUUGCAAGACCAUAAGUAGCACUGCAGUAGUCGUAUUUUGCAACACUUUUCUCCCAUUCUUGGUAUCACUCAAGGGUGUGAAACACUUUUGUCAGUCUUUUGUCACAUUUAUCUAAUUUUGAUUAUUCUCAUGAUGGACACCUACUGCAAAUAGCAAAUUUAUUAAAGAAAAUAAAGAACUAUCAGGAUUGAAAACAGCUUGUUUGAGAAAUGUCAAUCAGUUAUUAAGUUGAAAAUAAGUAAUGAUUUUAUGGUUGGUUACAGUGCUAGAUGUGAAUAGAAAUUGUGCCUUUAGCUCUUGGGAAGUAUUUUUACUUAGGAAAAUAAAAUUCUUGAAGGAUUGUCUUUAUUUCUAGAUAGUAUCACUUAUCUUUGAUAAAGAAAUGAUGCUAUUUGGCUAUUCAUAAAUCAUAUUUCUACAUACAUCAGUGGAAAAAACUUCAUUAAGAUGCACUUAAUUAUGAUCUAGAUUGGCCAUAUAUAAAGUGUUUUUUUAAAAAUCUAAGAGUAGAGAAUUGUGAACCUACAGAUACAAUCAGAAUUUAAAUGAUUAUUAUAAGCUUUUUAAAAUGCAACUUGCAUUUUCAUGGUCUUUUUUUUUUUUUUAACAUAACUAUCGCUCUGAAAAUGAAGUUUAUUUCAAAGCAGCAGUAUUUUGUUAAAUAAACAAGUAACACACCUCAAAUUAUGAAUAACUAUGUAAUUAUGCUUUGCAUUGAAACCAAAAUAAAACCAAAAACCCAGUCCCAUUCAGAGUGAACUUUUGAAUUAUGCUGUGUUAGAAAUGGAAAGUUGUUUUUUUCAGUCAGGUUUUGUGAAUAUGAAUGUGUUGUUACAGGAUUUACAGAUGACUUUAUUUAACUCAGUAGAAAAAUUAUUUUAGAGCACAUUGUAUUGGUUUUACAACCAUAUUGAUAUUCUUGAAGUGAUUUUAUUAAAAUUACGUACAGUUUUCUAGUAACUUUUAAGCUGUAUAUGGUCUUCGUUGAGGUUGGUAGAGGGAGCUUGCUACAUGACAUUCUUGCCCUUUUAUUUUGGUAAUUUAAAAUUUUGAUGUACUUUCAAACUUAGAGAAACAUUACCAGAAUAAUACAAGGAAUUCCCAUAUACCCUUGAUUCAGAUAUACCAGUUAUUUUCAUUUGCCCGUUUUUUAUUGCCCCUGCUUCCUUUCUCCCUUUCUCCUCUCUUCCCUCCCUCCCUCCUUCCCUCCCCUUCUCUCUGUGUUUAUAUAUAUAUGAGUAUACAUGUCUUUGUGUGGACACGUUUUCAUUUGUCUUGGUAGACUUCUAGAAAUUGCUGUGUGAUGUGGUGAGUUUCUGUUUAACUUUUUAAGAACCUGAUGAACUGUUUUGAAAGUAACUAUAUAAUUUUAUGUUCCAACUACCAGUGUAUGAAGGUUCCCAUUUCUCCAUAUCUUGUACAGUGUUUCUUAUAGUCUUGUGUUUUUGACAAAGCCAAUCUAGUGGGUAUGAAGUAGAAUCUCACUGUGGAUUUAAUUUACAUUUCCCUAGGACUAGUGAUUUUGAACAUCCUCUGCUAGGCUUUUGGUCAUUUGUAUAUUGUCUUUGGAGAAAUGGCUGUUGAAAUCCUCCCUCCCCUCUUUGGGUUGUUGUCUUCUGUGUUGUAAGAGAUCAUAUAUUCUAAAGAUAAGUCCUUUAUCAUAUGGAUCUUGUUUUUUUUUAAUCCAGUCUGAAAAUAUCUGUUGUUUGAGUAGGGUAUUUAGUUCAUUCAUACUUAAUAUUUAUGUAGUUGCUUUUACAUCUGCCAUUUGCUAUUUGUUUUCUGUUUUUCUCAUAUCUAAAGAGAUCCCUGUGUUCCUCUUCUUUUUUUUGGCUGCACAGCAUGGCUUGUGGGAUCUUAGUUCCCCAACAGGAAUUGAACCCAGGCCCUUGGCAGUGAGAGCACGGAGUCCUAACCACUGGACUAACAGGAAAUUCCCUGUUCCUCCUAUUGUGAAUUAUGUCUUAGCAGUUGCUCUAGGGAUGACAAUAUGCAUUUAUCACUCUUAAUCACAGAUUCCUUCAAAAUAAUACAAGUUUAAUUCUGUCAAAAUGUAGUAAAUUUGUUCCAGUAUAUCUCCUUUUCUUUUCUUUGUGUUAUUGUUGUCAUGUUACAUCUGUACGUGUUACAACAACUUAAUACAAUGACAUUAACUACUGGUUUAUAUAAUCUUAAGUCCUCUGUCUUUAUCUAGGGAUGUCUUUAUUUUGCCUUUGUUUUUUAAGGAUAUUUUUGCUGGAUAUAGAAUACAUGAUUAACAGUUUAUUCUUUAAUCACUUUGAAUGUGUCGUCCCACAGUCUCUGACUUCCAUUAUUUUUGGUGAAAAGUCAGCUGUUAAUGGUAAUUUUGGUCUCCUUUUCCAAUAGGUUGUUUUUCACUUGCUGCUUUCAAGAAUUUUUUCUUAGCCUUGUCUUUUAACAGUUUGACUAUGAUGUGUAUAAGUGUGGAUAUUCUUGAGUUUUUCCUACUUGAGAUUCGUUGAGCUUCUUGGAUCUGUAGAUUAAUGAUUUUCAUCAGAUUUGAGACUUUUUUGGCAAUUAUUUCUUCAAAUAUAUUUAUUUGCCCUUUCUCUCUUCUUCUGGGAUUCUCCUUUCACAUGUGUUGGUGUACUUGAUGUUGAUCUGGUCUCUGAGGCUUUGUUCAUUUUUUUCAUUGCUUUUCUCCCUCUUGUCUUCAGAUUGAAUACUUUCUGUUGAUUCAGCUUCAAGUUCACUGAUUCUUCUUCUUUCAACUGAAUUUUUCAUUUCAGAUAUUAUAUUUUUCAGCUCCAAGUUUCUAUCUGGUUCUUUCAUAUACCUUGUAUCUCUUUACUGAGAUUCUUCAUGCAUUGCAUCAUUUUCAUCAUAGCUCUCAUUAAUUCUUUAAACAUGAAUUCCAUUAGUUCUUUGAACAUGUUCAUAAUAGCUGCUUUUAAGUCUUUGCUCAUUCUAACAUCUGGAGAUACUCAGUUCCUGUUGAAUGCUUUUCUUCCUCAGUAAGGGUACACUUUCUUCUUUCUGUGCUUUGUAAUCUUGUUGAAUUUCAGAUAAUGUAGCAAUUACUAAUUCUGAAUUUUUCCCCAGAGGGUUGUUCUUGUUUUAUUUAGUAACUUGCCACCAGUAAAUUUGUGAAAUCUGUCUCCACGGCAGUGUGCAGUCACCGAUGUCUCUACUCAUUUUUUAAAAUAUUAAAUCUUGCUUCCUAAGUGUUGCUGCUGUGAUUGCAUAGCUUAGCAUAUAGCCAAAGAUUGGACAGAGGUUGUGUUCAAACCCGAUCAGUCAGGCCUCCACUCUGCCAAUGGAUCUGUGUGGGCUGGCAAGUACAUUCAGUGUUCAGGUCAUUUUCAAGUCUGCUCUGGUCUGUGCUUUCUGAUGGGCUUUUUUGCUUCUCCCUUGUGCAUAUGUGCAGGCUUUGGCAACCCAUGUACCCAUGGUAUGUGGGUGGCCUGAACCAGCUUCAGUUUCCGCUUUGCAUGCCCGUACAUCUGGAGUAUAUAGAGUGCUUAUCAAACCCAGAUGGCUGUCUUACCUCCUAGAACUUCCAGUGAAAUCCCUAACUACUCUGUUGUUUGCCCCAAACAGGACUACAACCUCACUGAGCCUUGUCUGCUUACCACUGAGCUCCCAGGUUAACUUACAAUGCGUCAUAUCAAAUGAGUCCCCUCUGGCAGUGACAGCAAGCCUUGUUCCCUGGCUCUGCUGUUGCCCUGGUUGAACUACUGCACCCGUAGACCUGGCCCAGGAUGUGGCAGCACAGGAAUCCCACAGGCUCACAGGUUCUUUCCCUAACUGGGUUUCAUGAAUAAGCACUUCUUAGUUUGUUGUAGAUCUUCAGUUAAUUUCCAGAGUGCUGAAAUGGCUGUUUUAUUAAAGUUUAUCCAAAUUUAUAGCUGCUUUUUAAAAAAUGGAGAUGAUUUGUCAACCUCCUCCCCUCAUCAUGCCGAAAGUGUAUUUCCCCAGCUUAUUUGAAUCACAUUUCAACCAAAUCAGUUUAAUAAGAAUGGACUUCGAGAGGACUUGUAAACUUUUUAAAGCUGUCCAUUGAAAGCUACCACAAUGCCAGAGUUUUACAAGUAACCUAUACCUAUUAAAUAGAUUACUUGUGGUAAUUGAUACAUGUUUUAUUUUUAGAUAUUCUUUGUUCAUAUUCAUUUUAAAGUAAAUACUGAGUUACUACAAUCUGGCUAGUUAUAAGCAGUUUUCUUAAUGUAAGUAUGUAAUAUUUUAAUAAAAUAUGUUGGAAUGUA